AUGUCAUUGACUUUGAUGUCGAUCAUAACAUAUUAUCCGAAGCCGACCGAGUAUCAGCCAACGAGAUCCAUACGUAUAAGCGGCUCUGAUUUCAAAUCACACGACAAGCCAAUUUCCAGUCGAAUAGAUAGGAAUUUUACAGAAGUUGAUGAUAAAAUAAUGUUUAAAGCCAUUCGACCACGAACAGCUUAUGAACCUCGUAAGGAUAUGGGUGCAUGCGCACACACAUUCGGAAAAGUUCUAUUCUUUGUUGCCUAUAUCAAAGAGAGUAUGGAAACCCAUUAUAGAGUAGCUCAGGAGUCCUUACGUUGUUACCUUAGAGGAACUGAUUAUGAGGUAGCCAUGGUGGACAUUAUGAAUGAUCCUCGAGUGGUUGAAAGUUGCUCGCAACAUUCAAAUGUUUUUUUCCGGAAACAUUGCGCUGCCGCCGUUUAUUUGAACGACACGGAUUGGCUUGUAGUUCUCGAUGCUGACACAGGUAUCGCCAAUCCAAAUCACUGCAUUGAGGAAUGGAUUGAUGACCGUGUGGACAUAUUAUUUUAUGAGCGAAUCUUCAAUUUUGAAAUAGCUAGUGGAAAUUACAUUAUUAAGAAUUCUGAGUUUUCGAGAAAUUUUUUGAAAAAAUGGAGUGAUUUCGAACACAAUCUACCUAGCAAUUGGAAUGGUGCUGAUAAUGGAGCAUUACAGAUUCUUAUUCUGCAAAUGGCCAUUCCUGAUGCUUUUCAAGAAUAUGACAACUGCAACCAAAUAUGGCAUGAAGGGCAAAACUAUGAGACAUACAUGAAUUAUGUGACAUGCGUGAAAUUAGCUUUAGGAGCUAAUCGGUUAUGGCCUGAAAAACUACGAAUCUACCGCCGUGCUCACGGUUGGGUACGAGAUGGCUUCAUGACUACAGACAAGUUCUGUGAAGUUGACUUCAUGUUCCACGGCUGGAAAAAUCAGUUGGUUGGACAAGAAGGCUGGGAAAGUCCAUUCAACAAAAACCUAAAUCCGGAAAUGUGCGGAGAAGGGGAUGUCGGAUGGGAUUGGCGAAAAGGAAAAAGGACAACAUGUGAUGUGAUCAAAAAAGAAAUUGCGGAUUUCGAGAAAUCAGCAGGACAGGGAUAUCCUAAAGCUGCAAGAGAAAUUCCUCAUCUUCGACUUCCAGAUGUGGGCAUCUGUUUUCCGAACUGUGACAAGUUCACCUAA